AAGUGAAUCAUUUAUUUUGGUUCAUUCUAGUGAAGACGCUAAUUGUGGCACCUCCACAAAAUUGAAAAUUAUUGAUCAUAAAGUUUUAAUUUGGGUUUUGUGAAAAAUGGCUACCAAAGUCGCUGUAGUAACCGGCUCUAACAAAGGUAUUGGUUUCGCUAUAGUCCGCGGCCUCUGCAAGCGCUUCGAUGGCGUUGUUUACUUGACGUCCCGAGAUAUAGGACGCGGGAAACAAGCCUUAGCUGACCUUGAGAAAGAAGGUUUACAUCCAAAAUACCAUCAAUUGGAUGUCACAGACAAGCAGAGUUUGGAAAAGUUUAGAGAUUACAUGAAGAGUAAAUACAGUGGUAUCGAUGUUCUGGUUAACAAUGCUGCCAUCGCGUUUAGUAAUGACGCACCGGAGCCGGUGUCAGUGCAAGCUGAACAAACACUGUUCGUCAACUAUUUCUCCCUGUUGUCCACUUGCGACAUACUCUUCCCUCUCCUCAAAAAUGGCGCGAGAGUUGUGAACCUCUCGAGUGCUCUUGGUCACUUAAGCUUCAUUCCAAGUAAAGCCUUGAGAGACCGUUUUAAGGAUGAGAAACUGACUAUUUCCGAGCUAUCUAGUCUGAUGCAGCAGUAUGUGGAUGCCGCUAAACAGGGAACACAAGUUGCAGAGUGGGGCAACUCUUCAUAUGUGGUCUCCAAAGCUGGGGUCACUGCACUGAGCAAAAUCCAACAAAGAUUGUUGAACGACAGGGAUAUCAAAGUGAAUUCCGUCCAUCCCGGGUACGUGGAUACGGAUAUGACGUCACACAAGGGCCCGCUCACCAUCGACGAGGGUGCGUCAGCGCCAUUAUACCUGGCCUUGGAUGCCCCUGACUCCGUUCGAGGACAAUAUGUCUGGCAUAACUCCAAGAUCGUCAACUGGGAGAGUGAGAAACUUGAAGAAAGUAUCUAAAGUGGAACGAAGAGAUUUAGUAGAGGGUAGGUCCUUGGCAAGAUUUUUAAUUAGUUUUGAGUAACGUGAACAUGUUAUCAUAGAAGUAAGGGUAGACUUAUAUAAAAAUAUAUAAAAUUCUCGUGUCACAGCGUACGAAAUGGAACUCCUCCGAAACGGCUGGACCGAUUCUCAAUUAAAUUUUGUGUUCAUAUUGAGUAGGUCUGAGAAUGGGACAUCUUUUUUUCGUUCUCCAAUUCUUUUUUUUUACUGCCUAGAACUAAUUUGUACGGCAAAAUAACGUUUGCAGGGACAGUUGUAUUAAUAAUAUUACUUUUAAGGCGUGGUGGUAAGCAGCCAUGUGUGUCAACUUGGAUUAGAUAAGAAUUACAUGCCUUUUUUACCUAAUGUCGUAGAGGGCAAUAAGGUCGUGAUGAUGAUAAUAACCAUAGGAUUGAUAGCUAAAAGCAGUACUUUUUGCUUUUACCUAAAAUAAU